AAUAUACCCCCUUUUACUACGUUACGUUCGUCUCCAGAUUCUAGACUGGUGCUUCCUUCUUUUUUUUUCCUCUCCCCACAAUCGAGUUGUAAACGUCAACGACUCGGACCGAGUCAGAGAACUCGAUUCACUGUAUUUAGCGAAAUACGGGGACGGAGUCGGAGAAUCUCAUACUCUGACGCUGUCCUGGUCUUUGCGGCCAUUGAGGAACUCUUGAGAUUAUUUUUUUCCUUCUUCAGCGAAAAUGAGCUCAGUCGUGCAGGGUUUCACCAAGUCACUCGCUAUGACUGUGCUCUCCGAGAUCGGCGACAAGACUUUCUUCGCCGCCGCCAUCCUAGCCAUGCGCCACCCAAGGAGGCUUGUUUUGACAGGCUGCCUUUCGGCUUUAGUUGUCAUGACUAUUCUUUCUGCUGUGGUUGGCUGGGCUGCUCCUAACCUGAUCUCUCGUAAGCUGACUCAUCAUGUAACGACACUGUUGUUUUUUGGGUUUGGCCUGUGGUCUUUAUGGGAUGCCUUCACUGGGGAAGGAGAAGCUGAAGACUUGGCAGAAGUUGAAGCAAAAUUGGAUGCUGAUUUUAAGGCCAACUCAGGAACUGCCAAGACUAAUAGUAAGGAUGUUGACGAAAAGAAAAAGCAGAAACGGCCGUUUCUCACACAAUUCUUUUCACCAAUUCUUUUGAAGGCAUUUUCAAUUACUUUUUUUGGUGAAUGGGGUGACAAGAGUCAGCUAGCUACAAUUGGUUUAGCUGCAGACGAAAACCCAAUUGGUGUGGUACUUGGUGGAAUUUUAGGACAAGCUUUAUGUACCACUGCUGCCGUCCUUGGUGGAAAGAGUUUAGCAUCUCAGAUAUCUGAGAAAAUAGUUGCUCUAUCUGGUGGGGUUCUUUUCAUUGUUUUUGGAUUACAAUCAUUCCUAUCACCAAUGGAUUCAUGAUCCUGCUAAUGGGAUUUCCUGGAUGAUUUGUUGAACUAAGGAAAAUGCACCUAAAAGGAACAAUGUUAAAGAGUUCCUGGGGUCAUGUACUGUUUGGUGCUUUUUAUUAUUUAGUGGAGCAAUGACCCGGGCUUCCAAUUUCAAUGAUCUUGUGUUUACAAGGACAAACUUUUAUGCCCUUGCUGGCAUCCUGGGCAUCACUCAUCAGAUGUUGCUUUUGCCAUGAGCUAUAUUUGAUGCUAAUAAUUAAUUAAUUCCAUUGGUAUAUUUUAUAGACUA